GGCAGUUUCCGUGAGUGCCGGGUGCCAGCUCGGGAAGCUCCGACAUCGCUCGGCAGUUUCCGUGAGUGCCGGGUGCCGGCUCGGGAAGCUCCGACCCCACUCGGCAGUUUCCGUGAGUGCCGGGUGAUGGUUCGGGCCCACUCGGCUGGUUCCGCCGUUCCUUGUUGUGGCCCGGCCGUGUCUCUCCCCCAGCCUCGCCGGCCCCGCCACCCCCCCGGCGAUGGCGGCCUUCGGGAUCCUGAGCUACGAGCACCGGCCCCUGAAGCGGCCGCGCCUGGGGCCGCCCGACGUCUACCCGCAGGACCCCAAGCAGAAGGAGGAUGAGCUCACCGCUUUAAAUGUGAAGCAGGGUUUCAAUAAUCAGCCAGCAGUCUCUGGAGAUGAACAUGGUACUGCCAAAAAUGUCAACUUUAAUCCAGCUAAGAUUAGUUCAAAUUUUAGCAGCAUUAUUGCAGAGAAGCUGCGCCUCAACACGCUGCCUGACACGGGAAGACGGAAACCUCAGGUGAACCAGAAGGAUAACUUCUGGCUGGUGACGGCACGCUCUCAGAGUGCCAUAAACAACUGGUUCACAGAUCUGUCUGGAACUAAGCCCCUGACUCACCUGGCUAAAAAGGUACCCAUCUUUAGUAAGAAGGAAGAGGUCUUUGGUUACUUGGCAAAAUACACUGUUCCAGUGAUGAGAGCAGCCUGGCUGAUCAAAAUGACUUGCGCCUACUAUGCUGCCAUCACAGAAACUAAGGUGAAAAAACGGCACGUCAUUGAUCCCUUUAUUGAGUGGACACAGAUCAUCACCAAAUACCUGUCAGAGCAGCUGCAGAAGAUUUCUGAGUUCUAUAGGCAGCUCUCUGGGCAGGGUUGUGGUUCACCAUCUGGGCCCAUGCCGCAGGAAGUGGAGCACGCUUUGAAACAAUGGGACUACAAUGAGAAACUGGCUAUGUUCAUGUUCCAGGACGGGAUGCUGGACAGACACGAAUUCCUUACCUGGGUGCUUGAAUGCUUUGAGAAGAUACGGCCAGGAGAAGAUGAAUUGUUGAAAUUGCUCUUACCUCUGCUGCUGCGGUACUCUGGAGAGUUCGUGCAGUCUGCAUACCUGUCCAGGCGCUUGGCCUACUUCUGUACCCGCAGGCUUGCCAUGCAGCUGGACGGCACGGGUGGGCACCUGCCCCACAUCCUAUCCGCACAGACGGGAGCUGCCCUCCCUUCAACACCCGCCCCUCAACCGGCUGCAGGAAAUCCUCCCCCUAGUCCCUUCAGUGACUUGCUGCUCUGUCCCCAACACCGCCCGGUGGUAUUUGGGCUCAGCUGUAUUCUACAGAGUAUCAUCCUGUGCUGCCCAAGUGCUCUGGUCUGGCAUUACUCCUUGACUGACAGCAGGAUAAAGACUGGCUCUCCACUGGACCAUCUGCCUAUUGCCCCCUCCAACCUGCCCAUGCCUGGGGGGAACUCGGCCUUCACCCAGCAGGUUCGGGCGAAGCUCCGUGAGAUUGAGCAGCAGAUAAAGGAGCGUGGCCAGGCUGUUGAGGUCCGCUGGUCAUUUGACAAGUGCCAGGAAACCACUGCAGGGUUCACUAUCGGCCGGGUUCUGCACACUUUGGAAGUUCUGGACAGUCACAGCUUUGAGAGAUCUGACUUCAGCAACUCUUUGGAUUCCCUGUACAACAGGAUAUUUGGGCUGGGACCAAGCAAAGACAGUCAUGAGAUCUCCCCAGAUGAUGACGCAGUGGUGGCCUUGCUGUGUGAGUGGGCUGUGAGCUGUAAGCGCUCUGGCCGCCACAGGGCUAUGGUUGUGGCUAAACUGCUGGAAAAACGGCAAGCGGAGAUAGAGGCCGAGAGAUGUGGGGACUCUGAAGUUGUGGAUGAGAAAGGCUCCAUCUCCUCAGGUUCCCUCUCAGCAGCCAGCACGCCUGUCUUCCAGGACGUCCUCAUGCAGUUCCUCGACACUCAGGCUCCUGUGCUAACGGACCCAGGGAAUGAAAGUGAGAAGGUGGAGUUCUUCAACCUGGUGCUGCUGUUCUGUGAGCUGAUUCGACAUGACGUCUUCUCUCACAACAUCUAUAUGUGCACACUCAUCUCCCGGGGUGACCUGGCCAUGGACUCGCAUGGGCCCCGCCCUCCCUCGCCCUUUGAUGACCCCGCCGAGGAGCAUGACAGAAAGGAGGGGAUGGGCAACAGUGGCAUCAAGCUGGAGGACACCGGCCUCUCGGAGUCCAUGGAUAUUGAUCAUAGCUCCAGCGUACUGUUUGAUGACAUGGAGAAGACUGAUUUCUCGAUGUUCUCUCCUCCAAUGCACUGUGAGUCUAAGGCCAGCCCUUCCCCUGAGAAACCAGACCCUGAGAAGGACGCAAAGCCUCUGCUAAAGGAAAAGGCUGCAGAAGGAACACUAGCAUCCCUGUACGACCAGCCCCGACACAUCCAGUAUGCCACACACUUUCCUAUCCCUCAGGAGGAAUCAUGCAGUCACGAAUGUAACCAGCGGCUGGUGGUUCUGUUUGGGGUUGGGAAACAGCGAGAUGAUGCCCGACAUACCAUCAAGAAGAUAACCAAAGACAUUCUGAAGGUGUUAAACAGGAAGAGCACAGCGGAGACAGGUGGAGAGGAAGGCCAGAAGAGGAAGAGGAGCAAGCCAGAGGCAUUCCCAACAGCUGAGGAUAUCUUUGCUAAAUUCCAACACCUUUCUCACUUUGAUCAGCACCAGGUCACCUCUCAGGUAUCUCGCAAUGUCUUGGAACAGAUCACCAGCUUUGCCUUAGGGAUGUCAUACCAUCUGCCUCUGGUGCAGCACGUGCAGUUCAUCUUUGACCUGAUGGAGUAUUCACUCAACAUCAGUGGUCUCAUUGACUUCGCUAUCCAGUUGCUGAACGAGCUGAGUGUGGUGGAGGCAGAGCUGCUGUUGAAAUCUUCCGACCUAGUUGGCAGCUACACCACCAGCCUGUGCCUGUGCAUCGUGGCUGUGCUGCGGCACUACCACUCCUGCCUUAUCCUGAACCAAGACCAGAUGGCCCAGGUCUUCGAAGGUCUGUGUGGGGUGGUGAAACAUGGCAUGAACCGCUCCGAUGGCUCCUCAGCAGAGCGCUGUAUCCUGGCCUACCUCUACGACCUAUACACCUCCUGCAGUCACCUCAAGAGUAAAUUUGGGGAGCUCUUUAGUGACUUCUGCUCCAAGGUGAAGAACACAAUCUACUGCAAUGUGGAGCCCUCUGAUUCUAACAUGCUAUGGGAGCCCGAGUUCAUGAUCGACACCAUCGAGAAUCCAUCUGCGCACAACUUCACCUACACCAACUUGGGCAAGAGCCUCAAUGACAACCCGGCCAACCGCUACAGCUUUGUGUGCAAUGCACUCAUGCACGUGUGCGUGGGACACCAUGACCCAGACCGAGUCAAUGAUAUAGCUAUCCUGUGUGCUGAGCUGACUGGUUACUGCAAGUCCCUGAGUGCCGAGUGGCUGGGCGUGCUCAAGGCUUUGUGCUGCUCCUCCAACAAUGGGACUUGUGGCUUCAACGACCUCCUCUGCAAUGUUGAUGUGAGCGACUUAUCUUUCCAUGACUCCUUGGCCACCUUUGUUGCCAUUCUCAUUGCCCGUCAGUGCUUGCUGUUGGAGGACCUGAUUCGCUGUGCAGCCAUCCCCUCACUCCUCAAUGCUGCCUGCAGUGAACAGGAUUCGGAACCGGGGGCCCGUCUGACCUGUCGGAUUUUGCUACACCUGUUUAAGACACCACAGCUGAACCCAUGCCAGCAGGAUGGCAAUAAGCCCACAGUGGGAAUUCGUUCCUCCUGUGACCGCCACUUGCUGGCUGCUUCCCAGAACCGAAUUGUGGAUGGAGCAGUCUUUGCAGUGCUGAAGGCUGUCUUUGUGCUGGGAGAUGCAGAGCUGAAAGGCUCUGGCUUUUCCCACCCUGGAGGGGUGGAUGACCUUAUGGAAGAUGAGCUGGGUGCCAAGAAGUCUGCUGGCCGGACAGUGUCCAUAGAGACGGCCAGCCUGGAUAUUUAUGCCAAGUAUGUCCUGAGGAGUAUCUGUCAGCAGGAGUGGGUGGGUGAACGAUGUCUGAAGUCCCUCUGUGAAGACAGCAAUGAUUUGCAGGAUCCCGUUCUGAGCAGCACCCAGGCCCAGAGGCUGAUGCAGCUGAUCUGUUACCCACAUCGAUUGCUGGACAAUGAGGAGGGAGAGAAUCCGCAGCGACAGAGGAUUAAACGCAUCCUACAGAACUUGGACCAAUGGACAAUGAGGCAGUCCUCGUUGGAGCUGCAGCUCAUGAUUAAGCAGACAGCAAACAAUGAGAUGAAUUCCUUGUUAGAAAACAUUGCCAAGGCCACCAUUGAGGUGUUCCAGCAGUCAGCAGAGACCAGCUCCGCUAACUGCACUGGAACUGGAGUCAACAGCCUCAGCACUGCGCCUGUGAGCACUGCAUCUGCCAGCAACAAAGCCAAACCCAUCCUCAGUUCCUUGGAGAGGUCAGGAGUGUGGCUGGUGGCCCCACUUAUCGCCAAGCUGCCCACAUCGGUGCAGGGCCAUGUACUUAAAGCUGCUGGAGAAGAGCUAGAGAAAGGACAGCACCUGGGGUCAUCGUCCCGCAAGGAGCGAGAUCGCCAGAAGCAGAAGAGCAUGUCCCUCCUGAGCCAGCAGCCCUUCCUGUCGCUGGUGCUGACGUGUUUAAAAGGACAGGAUGAGCAGCGAGAAGGCCUUCUUACCUCACUCUACAGCCAGGUCCAGCAGAUUGUUACAAACUGGCGGGAAGAUCAGUACCAGGAUGACUGCAAAGCCAAACAGCUGAUGCAUGAGGCCUUGAAACUGCGACUGAAUCUGGUGGGGGGGAUGUUUGACACAGUUCAGCGCAGCACACAGCAGACAACAGAGUGGGCGGUGCUUCUCCUGGACAUCAUCAGCAGUGGAACUGUCGACAUGCAGUCAAACAACGAGCUCUUCACCACAGUGCUGGACAUGCUGAGUGUGCUCAUCAAUGGCACCCUGGCUGCGGACAUGUCCAGCAUUUCUCAGGGCAGCAUGGAGGAGAACAAGCGAGCAUACAUGAACCUGGUCAAGAAACUCAGGAAGGAGUUGGGCGACCGACAAUCUGACAGCCUGGAGAAAGUGCGACAGCUACUUCCUCUUCCCAAGCAGACUCGGGACGUCAUUACCUGCGAACCUCAGGGAUCUCUCAUUGACACCAAAGGCAACAAGAUUGCUGGCUUUGACUCUAUUUUCAAGAAGGAGGGUUUGCAAGUCUCCACGAAGCAGAAGAUUUCCCCCUGGGAUCUGUUUGAGGGCCUGAAGCACUCAGCACCCCUCUCUUGGGGCUGGUUUGGGACUGUGCGGGUGGAUCGUAAGGUGUCCAGGUUCGAGGAGCAGCAGAGGCUUCUGCUGUAUCAUACACACCUGAAACCCAAGCCCCGCAGCUACUACUUGGAGCCACUGCCACUGCCUCCUGAGGAGGAGGAGCCCCCUACACCUGUGGCCCUAGAGCCAGAGAAGAAGGUCGUAGAGCCAGCCAAGGCUGAUAAAACCAGCUCCAAUCCUACCACCUCCACUGAGGAGCGCAAGAAGAAACCGAGCAAGAGCAAGAAACGCAACCAGCCUGCCAACAAAAGCGAGGAUUUUGUGUUGGGCCCUAGCCGAGGAGUCUCCUAUGGAGUGGGCAUGCCUGCAGACCUCAUGCAUCAUCAGGCUGGGAAUUCCAUGUCUAGACUGGUAUAUGGGCAGUCGCCAGUGGGUCUCUAUGCCCAGAAUCAGCCUCUGCCAGCAGGUGGCCCUCGGCUGGAUACCUCAUACAGACCAGUACGCGUGCCUCUGGGAAAGCUGGUGCAGAGUCGGCCCUCCUACAGUGGGGUGCUGCCUUCGGGGAUGAGUGGCAUGAUGGGAAUUGACACUUCCUACAAGCCAGCAGUCUACAGACAGCAGCCUCCAGUUUCCCAAGGGCAGCUGCUCCGCCAGCAACUUCAGGCUAAGCUGCAGGGCCAGGGAAUGCUGGGGCAGCCGCCAGUGCGUCACAUGACCCCUACCCCUUCCUAUGGAGCCCUGCAGCCUUCCCAGGGUUACACACCUUACGUCUCCCAUAUAGGCCUGCAGCAGCAUCCCCCUCAGUCCAGUACAAUGGUACCUCCCAACUAUUCCAGCCAGCCCUACCAGAAUUCCCAUCCCAGCUCAAACCCAGCUCUCGUGGAUCCUGUCAGACAGAUGCAGCAGAGACCAAGUGGCUAUGUGCAUCAGCAGGCCCCCGGCUAUGGCCACGCCCUGGGCAACACACAGAGGUUUCCUCAUCAGUCGAUACAGCAAGCGCCUAUGAUGAGCGGGAUGAAUCAUAUGAGUGCACAAGGGGUUCCAUCAGGAAUCCGACCCAGUCAGAUAUUACCUGAUCAGCAGCAGCAGCAGCAGCAGUACCUGAGGCAGCAGCAGCAGCAGCAGCAACAGCAGCAGAUGCUGAGGCAGCAGCAGCAGCAGCAACAACAGCAGCAGCAACAACAGCAACAGCAGCAGCAACAGCAGCAACAGGCACCACCACAGCAACAGCCACAGGUGUCCACAGUCCCUCAGCCACAAGCCCAGAGCCAGCCUCCUGGCCUGGGGAUGCAGACUCUUCCUCCUCAACAGCCCAUUUUCCAGCGCCAGGGUCUCCAGCAGACACAGCAGCAGCAGCAAACAGCUGCCCUGGUCCGACAGCUUCAGCAGCAACUCUCUAAUACACAGCCACAGCAGAACAGCAACCCAUUUGGACGCUACUGAGUCAUGGCACUUGGGCCCGAUCCAGAGGGAGACAUCACUGUGGACUGGAUACAGCCUCCCCCAGUGGGGGCUGUUCCCAACCCCUCUGUCCCUGGGACACCUGCACAGACGCCAUGUUCUGCAGCUGCCCUUCUUGGAGGGGAGGGAGUGAUUUUUAUCAUACAGAGAAAAUGUUUUUACUCCGGUUUCUACAAAGGUUUAUGGAGAUCCCGUGUGAUUGGUAGUCUCCCCUCCCCCUUUGGUUUCAGUUUUUACUAAGUUUUUAGUAUUUUUGUUAAAAUAAUGAUUAAGACAUUGUAAGAUUUUGUACUUUAUUUAUACCAGAUGAAACCCUGUAUGGCAGACGUCCUCAGACAAAUACAGAGAGCUUACUUUGCGAAA